AUGAGUCGAGGCGGCAAACUUGCACCCGAGGUCAAUCGAAUACUGUUCGUUAAGAAUCUAAGCUACAACGUCACGCCGGAAGAGUUGUUCGACCUGUUCGGAAAGUUUGGUCCAAUCCGCCAAAUCCGCCAGGGCAUCGCAAACAAUACCAAGGGAACCGCUUAUGUCGUGUUCGAGGACGUGAUGGAUGCAAAGCAGGCAUGCGAUAAGUUAAACGGGUUCAAUUUCCAAAACCGUUAUCUCGUCGUACUAUACCACCAACCAGACAAGAUGGCCCGAUCGAAAGAGGACAUGGAAGCGCGCAAGGAGAAUUUAGAGCAGCUCAAAAAACAGCACGGAAUCGAAUAA